AUGCUGCUGGCCGCUCUUGCCGUGGCCUUCACUGUGCUCGCACUCGCUGCAGACGCCGCGUCUUGCAAUUCCACGACUGUAGCGGAGGUCCUGGCGGCGUCGAACGCGUCCACAUGCUCGUCCGACUCGGGCUACUCGGUGACGUCGCUGGUAUCUCCCACGACCGCCGAGAUGGCCAGCAUGUGCUCCAGCAGCGCCUGUCAAGCGAUGCUGACGCAGUUGAAGCAGGUGGAGCCGUCCGAGUGCUCCAUCGGCACCUUUGAGCUCGACGCAGACCUCCUGACACCUGUGGCCGACUAUUGCGCAGCUAAUUCGACGUCCACGUCGGACUCGACCUCUGGCUCCAGCAGCAGCAGUGCAAGUCGUUCGCCAUCUUCAUCAUCGUCGUCGUCAUCGUCUUCU